ACUAUCAUUAACAAAAAUCUCUAUCCGGAGUUCAUUGCAUAUUGAUUUUAUUUUGAAUCCGUUCAUUAGUCUCGCUUAAUAUAUAUUUUCUUCAAGGUCUUUCUCCAGUACUGUAAAAAUGUCCCGAAAAUUCUUUGUUGGAGGUAACUGGAAGAUGAACGGAUCGAAAAAGAUUGCAGAUGAAUUAUUAGGACAUAUAUCAAGAGGACCUCUGGACCCUAAUGUUGAGAUAUUAAUUGGAGUGCCAGCCAUAUAUUUGGAUUUUGUCAAAGAACAGGCCCCUUGUACCGUACAUGUAUCAGCACAAAACUGUUUUAAAACUGAGAAGGGUGCAUUUACUGGAGAAAUAAGUCCCAGUAUGUUAAAAGAUAUCGGUGUCGAUUGGGUUAUUUUGGGUCACUCUGAACGACGACAGAUUUUCCAAGAGACUGAUUUGCUCAUUGCUGAGAAAAUAAAUCACGCUCUUGAAACUGGAUUGUCUGUUGUUGCAUGUAUUGGAGAAACUCUUGAAGAACGUGAAGCUGGACAAACUGAAGCUGUUGUAGCUAAACAAAUCAAAGCUAUAAAGGAGAAAAUCUCCAAUUGGCAAAAUGUAGUUAUUGCUUAUGAGCCUGUCUGGGCCAUCGGUACUGGAAAAACUGCUAGUCCUCAACAAGCCCAAGAAGUACAUAAAGUUUUGCGAAAAUGGUUGACUGAUGAAGUGAGUGAAACUGUUGCCCAAAAUACACGUAUUAUUUAUGGAGGAUCUGUCACUGCAUCAAAUUGCAAAGAACUAGCUAAAGAAGUUGAUAUUGAUGGUUUUUUGGUUGGAGGUGCUUCAUUAAAACCAGAAUUUAUUGACAUUAUCAAUGCUAAUCAAUAAUAAAGUUAUACACAUUUAUGUAAACUAAC